GUUUAAAGUUCUUGCAGGCGCUGCAUGUGUUUGAGACUCGGUUCGACUCCGCUCAGUGUUUUUGUUGAGGGAGCGCCCUCGCCAUGACGUCACCGUGAUCCACAUCCACGGAGGGGUGAGGCAGCAGACCGUCGCUGAUCCACCGGUAUCAUGGCUUCCUAACUGACCGGGAGGACACCCUGGGAUCUCUGUUGAAUGACCGACUGAUUGUCGCCCUUUCCAGACCCUGACUUUGGGACAGAGGGGCUCGGCCUCCCUUUCCCUCGAACGGCCGCCCCCGGGACUCCUGAUAUCUUUUCGUUUUUAGCGGUGAAUUUCCGUUCGUACGCGGUGGAACGAAGAUGGCCGACCCGGCGGAGUGCACGAUUAAAGUGAUGUGCCGAUUCAGGCCUCUGAACAGCUCCGAGGUCACCAGAGGCGACAGAUACAUUCCCAAGUUCCAAGGGGAGGACACUGUUGUUAUCGCGGGUAAACCUUACAUGUUCGACAGAGUCUUUCAAUCAAAUACAACACAAGAGCAAGUGUACAACGCCUGCGCCCAGAAGAUUGUAAAAGAUGUUCUUGAGGGAUACAAUGGAACGAUUUUUGCUUAUGGGCAGACAUCGUCUGGAAAAACACACACCAUGGAGGGAAAUCUCCAUGACACAGAUUCAAUGGGAAUCAUCCCCAGAAUAGUUCAAGAUAUCUUCAACUACAUCUAUUCCAUGGAUGAAAACCUGGAGUUUCAUAUCAAAGUUUCCUAUUUUGAAAUCUACUUAGACAAGAUCCGAGAUCUUCUGGAUGUGUCUAAGACCAAUUUGUCAGUGCACGAAGACAAAAACAGAGUACCCUACGUGAAGGGCUGCACUGAAAGAUUUGUCUGCAGCCCAGAGGAAGUCAUGGAUACGAUUGAUGAGGGCAAAUCCAACAGACACGUCGCUGUCACAAACAUGAAUGAGCACAGCUCCCGGAGUCACAGCAUCUUUCUGAUAAACGUCAAACAGGAGAACACUCAGACAGAACAGAAGCUCAGUGGAAAACUCUACCUGGUGGAUCUUGCUGGGAGUGAAAAGGUCAGUAAAACGGGUGCAGAGGGAGCCGUUUUGGACGAGGCCAAGAACAUCAACAAGUCCCUGUCAUCUCUGGGAAACGUCAUCUCGGCGCUCGCUGAAGGAACGGCCUACAUCCCUUACCGAGACAGUAAGAUGACUCGAAUCCUUCAGGACUCGCUGGGUGGUAACUGUCGGACCACCAUCGUCAUCUGCUGCUCCCCUUCCUCCUACAACGAAGCAGAAACCAAAUCCACGCUGAUGUUCGGACAAAGAGCAAAGACCAUCAAGAACACUGUGACGGUGAACAUUGAGCUGACGGCAGAGCAGUGGAAGCAGAAGUACGAGCGGGAGAAGGAGAAGAACAAGACGCUGAGAAACACCAUCACCUGGUUGGAGAACGAGCUCAACCGCUGGAGGAAUGGUGAGAGCGUUCCUGUGGAGGAGCAGUUUGAUAAGGAGAAGGCCAACGCCGAGGUGUUGGCUCUGGACAACAUCCUCAACGACAAGUCGGCCUCGACGCCCAACGUGCCUGGCGUUCGCCUGACAGAUGUGGAGAAGGAAAAGUGUGAGGUGGAGCUGGCGAAGCUGUACAAGCAGCUGGAUGAUAAGGAUGAAGAAAUCAACCAGCAGAGCCAGCUGGCUGAGAAGCUGAAGCAGCAGAUGCUGGAUCAGGAGGAGCUCUUGGCCUCCUCCCGACGGGAUCACGAGAACCUCCAGGCUGAGCUGAAUCGCCUGCAGGCGGAGAACGAGGCCUCAAAGGAGGAGGUGAAGGAGGUGCUGCAGGCUCUGGAGGAGCUGGCUGUCAACUACGACCAGAAGAGCCAGGAGGUGGAGGAUAAGACCAAGGAGUUCGAGAGCAUCAGUGAGGAGCUCAGCCAGAAGUCGUCCAUCCUGUCAUCUCUGGAUUCUGAGCUCCAGAAGCUGAAAGAAAUGUCCAACCACCAGAAGAAAAGAGUGACAGAAAUGAUGUCCUCCCUGCUCAAAGACUUGGCAGAGAUCGGCAUCGCCGUAGGCAGCAAUGACAUUAAGCAACACGAGGGAGGCAGCGGCCUGAUAGACGAGGAGUUCACCGUGGCCCGUCUGUACAUCAGCAAGAUGAAGUCUGAGGUGAAGACGAUGGUGAAACGCUGCAAACAGCUGGAAGGCAUCCAGGCGGAAAGCAACAAGAAGAUGGACGAGAAUGAGAAGGAGCUGGCCGCCUGUCAGCUGCGAAUCUCCCAGCAUGAGGCCAAAAUCAAGUCCCUGACAGAGUACCUGCAGAACGUGGAGCAGAAGAAGAGGCAGCUGGAGGAGAACGUGGACUCUCUGAAUGAGGAGCUUGUGAAGCUCAGUGCUCAGGAGAAAGUUCACGCAAUGGAGAAGGAAAACGAGAUCCAGACGGCCAAUGAAGUCAAGGAAGCCGUGGAGAAGCAGAUCCACUCCCACCGUGAAGCUCACCAGAAGCAGAUCAGCAGCCUGAGAGACGAGCUGGACAACAAGGAGAAGCUGAUCACUGAGCUGGAGGACUUGAACCAGAAGAUCAUGCUGGAGCAGGAGAGGCUCAGGGUGGAGCACGAGAAGCUCAAAUCCACCGACCAGGAGAAGAGCCGCAAACUGCACGAGCUGACGGUGAUGCAGGACAGGAGGGAGCAGGCCAGACAGGACCUGAAGGGUCUGGAAGAGACUGUGGCCAAGGAGCUGCAGACUUUACACAACCUGAGGAAACUUUUUGUUCAGGACCUGGCAACCAGAGUCAAGAAGAGCGCUGAGAUGGACUCAGACGACACCGGAGGCAGCGCCGCGCAGAAACAGAAAAUCUCCUUUCUUGAGAACAAUCUUGAGCAGCUCACCAAAGUUCACAAACAGCUGGUUCGUGAUAAUGCAGACCUUCGCUGUGAGCUUCCAAAACUGGAAAAGCGCCUUCGUGCUACGGCUGAGCGGGUCAAGGCCCUGGAAUCUGCACUGAAGGAGGCCAAGGAGAACGCCGCCCGCGACCGCAAGCGCUACCAGCAGGAGGUGGACCGCAUCAAGGAGGCCGUCAGGGCCAAGAACAUGGCCAGGAGGGGCCACUCGGCUCAGAUCGCUAAGCCCAUCCGGCCUGGCCAGCAGCCCGUAGCAUCUCCCACCCACCCCAACAUCAACCGCAGCGGAGGAGGCUUCUACCAGAACAGUCAGACGGUGUCCAUCAGAGGAGGGGGCAGCAAGCCUGACAAGAACUGAAGAGCAGCGGAACAAAAGAACAGCACCACCGAAAGCCAACACCCCGCCCCCUGUUCGGCUGCCCGCCCAGACGACCUGUCAUUCCAUUACAGCAAGCAGGCUCCUCGUCGCAGCUUCGGAGCCAUGAAGGAGAUUCUGGAUUAUAAAUAAAUGUGUAUAAAUGCUCCCAGCCUGUACAGCUCCAGCCCCCACACUCCCCCCCCUCCACCUGUUCUCAUCAUGAAGUCCUUUUUCUCCUAUGGAAUAUAAUAAUAAUAUUAAUGACAAAAGGCUAUUUUAAUUUACAAAGAAUAUUCUUCUUCACUGAACCAAACGCAGUCUUGAGCGCAGCCUUGGGCGAGUGAAACCACGCACCACUCGAACGCGAAGCUUCGGUUUCAGCUUUUUGUUUUGUUUUUUUGCACAGCCCGUCGUCAUCUGUCAUCUUUGUGUGAGUAGUUCUGCUCUGUGCCAAGCUGAAUGUAAUCGUAACCAGACCCGAAAAAAUGUACGCAGAGAAAAAGACCAAAAAAAGAAAAACCAGGAGAAUCCUGCCAGGAGAAACGGCUCAUCUGUAGGCUCACCUCUGUACAUUUCAUUGGUAACGGUUAUUAACCACACUUUUCUCUGGAUAGAUUUUACAUGCUUCUUAAAGAAAAAAAAAAAUCCAAAAAAAAGGAUUUGACUAGAUGGCAUUGAGCACUACUGUUGUUUCUGGUCUUGUACAGAUGUAAGAUUGGCUGCGCUCCUCCGCCGGAAAAGCUGUAAAGAAACGAUGGCGGAGCGGCUGAACGAAGGAUCGCAAAACGCCAAGAAGGUGUACUGUAGAUGUAUUUAACUAAAUACCUGUGGAGGCCAAUUGUUUUUAUCACUAAGUUAAAUGAAAAGAUAUACUCGUUGGUGUCGGAAAGAAGAAUGUAGGAGGACGGAAGAGAGCAGGAGAAUGAUCCGGGUUAGCCUCAGCUAAGAUACUAAAUAGACUGUUUUUACUUCUAUCGGUGGGUAAUAGUGUUGUGCUGAAGGAUGCUAUUUAUUUUUCUCUGCACACCAAAACCGCAGACUGCGAUGGCGCACACACCUGUCACUCUGUCCUGGACCUGACAUGAAUUCUUUAAGGGGUGCCUCGCUUUUUCGUUUGUCUCCUCCCACACCAUCAUUGUUGAGUAGAUUUGUAAUGCUGGGUUUGAUGUACUGUAUAUUUUGGCUUUUUUUCCUUUUUGUAGAGGACGUAGGUUUUUAUUUUGAAGGGGAAGGAUGAGUCUCACCCUCGCCGCUGAUCUGACCGUCAGAGAGCGGGGUCUAAAAUUGCACAGUUAUCUGUCAUGGAGGGGUGGUUGGGCGUGGGAUUACUGUUUUUGUUUGUUUGUUUAUUACCACCACGUCCAUUUCUUUUGCCCUGUGAAGCCCCCGGUGCAUUGGAAGAAAUGUUCUUGUGAUUGUAGCCCCAGCAUGAGAACACUAACAUCUUGUGCAAGUGCAAUAAUACUGUAAAAUACACUGUAAAUCAGUGGAGCGGCAGGUGUGAUCAGGGUGUGUCGGCCACACCUCUCUCUCUGUUUGCUUUAGUUACGCCGGUGUUCGGUUCUCUCUGUGUGUUUUCUCAUGAAAGGCUUGUGGUUUUAUUCUGAAAGGCUGAAACCCAAUGCAGAGGCUUCCUGUAGAAACCGGUCCAGUUCAAAGAUGAGAAGGUUUUUUUUCUGACUGUUGUGCCCGGCCAGACCAGCGGAGCAAAUCCAGCUUGGAGAAGGAAAGAGGACUUCCUGUCGAAGUGUCAUCUCAUGCAAAGAAGCACUUCUUCACUAUGUCUGCACUCGAGAAAAUAAAACACUCCAAAAUAUGGCUGCUUGUGAUUGGAGGUUUCCAACGCUCUGCAAACGGUGGUCAGCGACAGCUCAGUGUUUGGCGUCUAUCUAGACAACAUGUAACUAGACUAGUCGACUGCAGCAUGGACCUCAAAAUGUUGAUGCUUUGACCUUCCACCAAAACUGGAUGUGAAUCGUGGGGGAGGAGUAAACAAAAAACAAAGAUUACUUGUGGUGUUUACCUGAAUAAAUAAAAAUUUUGUGUUAAUUCUAAAUUAAAAACAAAAGUGUAGCCACUUUUUUUUAUUACUGUGUAAUAGUUGGUCGAUUUUUAAACGGGGUUCUAUCGGUGGACAAAGGUACUGGAUCAUUCCUGGAGAACUGGGGCACAAGUAGCGGGGCUCUGAUGGAGGCGGGAGGUUCAUGAGAUCAGCUCUGGAUUGACUGCAUGAUGUAAAUGUACGUGUGAUUAAAUAUGAGAAAACUC